CGUAAGGGUUGAAAAUGAAAAAUAAAAUUAAUCGAGCGCGACAGAUUUUCUAAGGGGAUGUUAAGCAAACCUAAAAAAAAGCUCUCAUCUUAUAAUCUGACAAUUUGAAUGAUUUGGAUGGACAAUCUCGCGGCUAUUAUUAGAAUAUGCAAAAAAUCCUCAUUUUGAAAUAAUCUUUUGAAUGUCGAAAACUGAAAAAAAUGCAUUAUAAUUAUAUGUAUACAUACAGAAUUAAAAUGACAGUUCAUGUCGACAAAUUUUAACAAAUUUAGUUUCUUCACUAAACCCGCUGAGUACCCUAUGGUGUGAAAUGCGAAUCGGUAUUCGGUACGCUCAGUAAGAAUAUUUACUCUAACUAUAUAUAUAAGUAUAAGUAUAAGAAUAUAUAACUGGUAAACAUCACUAUACUUCUGACUUCUGCUGAGUUCUGAGAUGUAUCUUAGUCACUUGGACCUUGGUUAUCGGUACGAUUGUCUACACCUACACACAUACUAAUUAAAAAAAGUUUUAUGAACAGUAAUUCUUUAAAAAAGAAGAAAAAAAAUAAUUAUUGCUCCGAACGCAAUGUUUCAAAAACUUAUAACAUUUUGGAUAUUUCCCAUGUAAGUUUAUUGAAAUCUACCAGGAAAACAGAUAUCUACUUUUAUGAUAUUCAAGCAGUCAUAAGUAUAAACUAAGUAGUAUUAUUGGUAAAAAUGGGUGAAAUUAUUGAAAUAUCUACAACUCGAAACCAACAAAGAAGAUUUUAUAAAUUUACUAGUAAGUGUGUUAUAUUUUCUAUUAAAGGAAAUUCUGGAUAUGCUAUGAUUGGGUUAGCUGAUCAAAUUGGAUUCUUUAAUAUUGAUCAUUGGGUAUUUAUAGAUAGAAAUGGUGAGAGUGGAGUCUGUGAAUUUAAUGAAAUAAUUGUUAAAACACCAACACCUGGCAUCUUGGAGGAGGAAAAAUAUCAUAAGUUUUGCCUUACUUGGUAUGGCAGUAAAGUUGAGUUAAACAAAUUUGGGGAAUCUGAACCAAUAUUUUCCAAAGAAAUUAAAAAAAAUAAUUUAAAGUUUGCUACAUUUUUUGGUCGAAACCAAAACAAUACUUUACAGUGGAAGUUAUUGUUACCACCUUGUAUUGAGAGGCCUUGUUUAAAACCAAUUAUAGGAGGCAAACCAUAUUGGGUGCCAUAUGAUGGUGAAUUGCCAUAUGGUGCAAUAAUAGGAGGGUUUGAAAAUGAGUUUCUAUAUAUAAUGAGAGCACCACAUGUAGGAUCAUUAACUCCUGGAAAGUUUGUACCAUCUAUGAAAUGUGGAUUUGUAGGCUGGGGGGGAUAUUCACAUUUAAAAACAGAGUUUGAGAUACUCUGUGCCCAUGAUUGUGUCUGGGUACCAACAAAAGAAUCGGUAAUACCAGCUGGAGCCAUUGCUGUAGGAUACACCGAAUAUGGCCCAGAAACAAUGUACAUAGGUCGUGUAAAACAGGAUGGCCAUGUAAUACCAGGUAAAGUAGCACCAACACAUUGUGUUUGUUACUUUGCCUAUGGUGAUCAGGAAGCAUAUGAAAUUUAUUAUGAUAUAUUAGUUGCUCCAUGCUCAAGUCCUAGGUGUAGUAAUACUCUUGAACCACCAUUUAAAGAAAGAUAUGAGUUUUAUGAAGAAAAAUACAGAUCUGAUGAUGAAUAUGAUUAUGAUGAUGACUAACACUGAAAACUCUAUAUAAACAUUGUAAAUAUUUUGAGAGUGUACAAUAAAACAAUAUUAUAAUGAAAUCUUAUAUUUUAUGAUCCUGGGGGUUAGUUGAGAUGCCUUAACAGUAGUGUAUGACAGUUUGUGUUGACAAAUUUUUAUACAAAUGUAGUUUCGACUUUCUACAUACACUACUGUUAAGGCAUGUCCCCUGCUGUCUUUGUACAAGUGACCAUAGAAAUUAUGGUUUAUAUGUUUCAUUUUGGAUUAAAGCACAAAAAAUAA